AUGGCCGGCAAAAAACCACUCAAAGACGCCGCAAAGUCCAACCCCACGGCUCUGGGCGACCCAGUCUCCCUCAAAGCCGAGCAAUCAGACACCUCGCCCACCCAUCAGCCGCAGCAGAAGGCCGACAGGAGUCCGAGCCUGAAGGAGCGCGCGGAGCAAGACCUCAACGAGGCCAAAAAGGGCAAUCGUUCGAUGCUUGGGGAUCCCGUGAGUCUCAAGGCCGAGACGUCCGAGGGCGACCCGGUCCGGGACGCGGAUGAGAAUGAGGACGGGACGGGGAGGAGUAGUGGUGCGAGGAAAGGAGGGAAGGGGAGGGAUUCGAAGUUAUGA